AUGGGCUCGGCUAUCUUUAUUAUCGGGCAAGAACACGCGGAAUUUCAAUGGCGCAUUGAUUCUUCGGCUGUGUCGGCCAAGCAAAGAGUUACAACAGGACGUUUUCCUUACGUUUCGUUCUUCCGGAUGCAAGGGGCCAUUCAGAUCAAAGAUUCCAGGGAAACGACACCAUUUUCCAAUCACAUUAACGCGAGCAAUUUUGGAGCAAAAUACGGUACUCUCGAGUAUCUGAGGCAGUUCGAGAGGACCAAUUUUUUGAUUAUAUCUGGACAUUCGCCGCAAUCUGUUCGUAUAAAUGUUAGAGAACUCAGUCUGAAAGUCUGGCCCUCGUCUGAAAGUCAAGCUAACAUCCAGGAAACAAAAUUCUCCUCGCAUUUUGACUCUUUAAGAUUCGCAUCCGGUCAACAAUCUAACCUCUCCAUCUCGUUUAUUUUGCAGAGCGCGGCGCAGCAGAAUCGAAAGGCUGACGGUAUCCAGACUCUCGUUCGGAAGGUUCGAAGACUCGUGAAGGAGCGAACGAAUCGGACUUUCCGGUGCGUCUUGCGGUCGGGAGGAACUCUGGACGAGAGGAGAUGUCCCGAAAGUGGUUCCACAGAGGAGACGACACGUUCGAGCCGCCAGACAUUCGAAGAUAGCGAGUCGAGGCCGCGGGGAGCUCGAACCUCCAGCGUCGGGGCCGAUUCCUCUUCGGUCGGGGAUGAGGAUUCGCGGUUCAGGGCGCGACGGAACGCCGGCAGGAUCAAGCAGAGCUUGAGCGACCGCGUGCAAUCGUCGGCGUGCAACGACAGGCCUAGGUUCAAGCUCACUUUCCAGGGAGAGAAGAAGCCUAGGAGGAAAUCCGAAGACGAGGAGUAUCCUGAUACUUUCGCAGAGAGAGGUGGAACGUUCACCGAUGACAGAAAGGAACGUCUCGACGCUUCCCGUUGCAAAGAUAUUGGAGAGGAAGUUCCGACUCACGGUAAACUGCACAAGAGCGACUCGUUCCUUAGGAGGCUCGUGAGAAACUCGAAGGACAAUAUUACCGAAGGCUGCGAAAGAUUAGUCAGGAAUAUUCAAAAGAGUCCCCUUUUGCGGAAGAAGUUCCAAUUCACGGACGAUAAACCAGUACCACCAGUCCGUAGAAAGAAGAAUAAACAACGACCUGUGCAGGCUGAUUCUAUCUAUGAACAAUCCUCCACGAGUGUCAAUCCCGAGGGAUCCAAUAAUAACCGCGUUUCCGUUGUUUUUCCAAAUGCCGAGCUCGUGGAGGAUGACUUUCUGCUAGUUCACAAGACUUCUCCGACUGAUCAAGGCACCAGCCACUCGUUGGCCAGUAAAAUCUCUUCGACGCGUCGCAUUGAGAACGAAGGCUCGUCUGAAAGCGUCUCGGUGGAAGACGUCGAGGAUCUGAUUCGAACGGAGGACAACCUACGGCUGCUGGAACAACGCGUUUUGAUUCGAAGACGUUUGGAAAAGUCCACGAAGCUGCUGCGAGCUGUUCAACCUGCGAGCCAGCAGAGAUCCAGAAGCGAGGAGAGCCUCGUGCACGCGAUAGAACAGGUUCAUCACAGGUUUCGCGUGAGAUUCCCCAUCUCCGUGGACUCGGCAGCGGUCGAUUGCUCGCCUGUCGCUCACCGAAGAUACGUCGGGUCAGUUUGCAAUCGCGGCGAGCAGUCAAGGUCGGCGGAGUGGCGGGACAAGGUAGAGCGAACGUGGUGGAAAGCGAAGCGGUCGCCUCCGCCGGACGACUGGCAAGUUCAGAGGUCGAGCGGCGAUAACGCGCACGAGUCAACUGAUAACCGAGUGAAACCGGCAAGGAAGUUGCAAAUACGAGACGGCGGAGUGCACGCGCGGCUCACGUCGCUGGUAAAAUGCAAACUUGCGAAUUUCGCGGACAGCGGUGGGGACGAGGAGGCAACCAGAAACCGCGAGCCUACGGAAGAGCAAAGUAAACAGCGGCUAGUUGCCAACAGGCUGGACGAGAACACGACUCGUCACCCUUCGACGCCUGCCGACCAGCCGUUGCACGGCUCACGUGUCUCCUCCGACCUCGCGCUCGAGUCCCGCUCGGUGAGCGAUGCUCUGGCUGACUCGAGCUUCGUGACGAUUCGCGUGAACCUCGCUGGCUUGGCAUCCGCUGACGGAAGAGGCGACGAUGAGGAGAUUCUGAAGCCCGGCUCGGUGAUCACGACCGAUCGAGACGUCAGGAAGAAUCAGGGAAAGAGUCAGAGAAGAUUAGCGAGCAAGAGGAAGAAGGUGGUUAGCUCUGGUAAAGAGUGCAAGGCCCGAGAACCGAGUGCUUGGAACGACUGGAAGAUGAAAUUCACCGUCAGGAUGAUUCGCAUCCGCGACAAGCUGAUGCUCGGCCUCAGUGCCUUUGCGAUAUUGUUCACGAUCCUGUUGGUGAUGGACCUGCAGAUGGAUCUUGGCUACAGCGGCCAUCAUCUGGUGCCUAGUCACGGACGUGUUCGAAUCGGCGACGAUCCGAACACCGACACGAUUUACAAUAACUUUCGAAGGAGGUUCCUCCAACGGAUGAACGCAAGCAAGGAACAGACCAGCGGAGAUGUGUCCGGCACAACGCAGAAUAGUGGGAAAGACAGCGGGAACGAAGCUAGGGAGUCGAGGACCGAGAAAACGGAGGUGCACGACAGUUUCUCGGAUUUAGUGGAUCUCGUGGUGAAAGGUUAUGGUGUUAGUGUUUACGAAGGAGUGGCUAGGAUCAGCGGCGAGGACCAUACGUACAAUCCUACUCUUGGCGAGUUGAAGAAAAUCAGCCUAAAGUGAGUAGAUUUAUUUUCUUACCUACUUAUUAUUUAUUUUUCUCCGAUUGUUCUCAUCAAAUUCGGACGUGCGAUCUCAAAUGAAUGUUACACUUCAAUCGAUAUUAUUACAAUUAAGUAGCUUUCAAAUACUUGGAUUUUACUAUCUAUGUUUGCAAUCUAUGAUUUUUUUUUUUUAUAAACGAAAUAUUAUAAACGGUGAUUAUGUGAACUUGAAUUCAAUCAUUUUACUACAAAGUUCACACACAAUGAUAAUAUCGUGGGAGAGUUUCCACGUGCGAUUUUGCAACUUUCGACUUUGAAAAUUGAAGAUUAAAACGAGGAUCGCGAAGAUCUGACAAAAAAUUCAAAAUGAUCUCCUUUUUGCAAUCUAUGCGUUUUACGAAUAAAAUGUUCGAGGAAAAGAAAGACAGUUGGAUUCCAUUCAAUUCUAUUUUUCGCAAGACUUUCAGUUUCAUUACGUAGAUUAGUGUUUGGUACAAUUAUUUGUAUCUUACAAAUCUUCUUGGAAGAAGAGAUUAUUAAACAAUCUAAAAUUACAAGAUAAAUGCUAAAACAAAAAAAAGAAAAUAAUACUUAUAUAAUCGUUAUUUUUUUGCGUAUUUGAAUUUAUGGAGUUGAUCAGCGUAGCUUCUGAACUUUUUGCACACUUCGGAUACUUUAUCUGUAUAUUUUUCUGGCUACUUUCAAGAAGUAAAUGUUUAUACUCAAUUAAAUGACAGUUCGUGCUUUUCCGUCGCAUUUGAGGUCCUUCUUUUAUAUUUAUGUUGCCGCGUAAUUCAAAGAACUUUAUCUCGCAAAUUUAAAUCCAAAUUAUUCUGAAAUCAAAUUUGCAUACGGUCAGCUAAAUUUCUAUGCAUUUAUGUUAGAUUUAGAGAUGCAUUAAAUGCAGAAUUGCAUGAAAUAUAUAUGCAAGAUAUAUAA